UGCAAAUUUUCGAAAGAAAAUCUCGAUCAUAGACCAUAGUUAUUGAGCUAUUUAUUCAUUGUUUUAAUAACUAUCAUAAACCUAAUUGUUUAAAAAGUACGGCUUAAAUAAACAUAGCGUUCCUUAUUUUGUUGUUAUGUGCGAUGAAAUGUCGUUAACUAUAAAUAGACUUAGCUUGAGUUAGUUCGUAGAUUUGUCUGAUUGUGAUGGUAUAUCAGACAUAUUGAAGAAUAUUCGUAAAAAUGGGGAGAAGAGAAGAGCCGACCUGGGCGCAAGGCACUGUUGGCCUAACAGCAGCCCGGGAGCGAGGGGACAUCGAUCGAAAAUUCCAAAACCGUUUGACUGUUACCAGAAAUAUGAUAGACAGAUUAGGACUAGAAAAAGAGUUGCACGGACAUAUGGGAUGUGUUAAUUGUCUAGAAUGGAACAGCGAUGGGUCUGUACUGGCGUCGGCGUCCGAUGAUCUACACGUUAUAUUGUGGGAUCCUUAUCGAUAUAAACAAAUCCAUAACAUCUCUACUGGACACACAGGCAAUAUAUUCUCAGUUAAGUUCCUCUCCCCGGACUCGCUGGCCACGUGCGCGGCAGACGGCUCGGUGCGCGCGCGCAGCAUCGCUACGGGCGCGUCGCUGUUGGAGUGCGCGUGCCACUGCGGCCGCGUCAAGCGCCUGGCCGUGGCGCCAGACAAGCCGCACAUGCUGUGGUCAGCCGGUGAGGAUGGACUCGUGCUCCAACACGAUCUCCGAACCCCGCAUCGCUGUAACUCAGACACGGCCAAUGUCCUCGUGAACCUGCUCAACCAUAUGGGUCGUUACGCCGAAGCCAAGUGCCUCGCGGUAAACCCUAGGAGGCCCUACCAGUUGGCCGUCGGAGCGAACGAUUUCUACGUCCGCCUCUAUGAUACGAGAAUGAUCAAGUUGGCAAGACUACAGGAGUUGCAGGGAGGUGCCGCGACGUCUCGCCUGAUGUGGGAGCGGCAGAACGUGCGCUGCUCGCGCGCCGGCCACGGAGACCCCGACAACAACAUUCCGCGCGCCGCCGUGCAGUACUUCGCCCCCGGUCACCUAUCAAUGGAGCCGAAUGAGCACACUUUCCCAAAAAAAGCCACAACAUACGUGGCAUUCAGUCACGAUGGCAACGAAUUGCUCGUCAACCUAGGCUCGGAACAGGUGUACCUGUUCGACGUGAACGCGGCGCGCCGGCCCGUGCUGGUGGAGAGCUUCAUCAUCCAGCACAACCACGGCUACCGCGAGGGCGAGGGCAAGCCGGCGCGCGCGGGCGGCGACGGCGCCAACGGCACCGUGGAGCCCCCCGCGCUGCCCGAGCGCGUGCGACAGCUCAAGGAGAUGGCGAACGAGCUCGUCAACAAGGGCAGCUACACCAACGCCGUGGAGCUGUACAGCCGCGCGCUGGCGGAGUGGCCGCGCUGCGCCGUGCUCUACUCCAACCGCGCCGCCGCGCUCAUGCGCCGCGCCUGGUCGGGCGACACGUACGCCGCUAUCCGCGACUGCUACAAGGCGAUCAAGCUGGACGCUAACCAUGUGAAGUCCCACUUCCGGCUCGCCAAGGGCCUGAUGGACCUGAAGCGAGCUCGCGAGGCGCACGAGUGCCUGCUCUACUUCAAGGACAAGUUCCCAAAGCACGCGGAGAGCCACGCCGUGUUCCUGCUGCAGAAGGACAUCAACGUGGCGCUGGAGACGAUGGAGACGCAGCCGGACGAAGGUACUACGGAAGAGGACGGUCAGUCCGGCAGCGCUCUGGAGCGACAACUGCGCAGUUCAGCACUGGACUACAAGUGCCGGUUCCUGGGUCACUGUAAUACGACCACCGAUAUCAAGGAAGCUAAUUUCUUAGGACCAGAAGCUAAUUUCGUUGCCGCUGGUUCAGACGACGGCAGUAUGUUCAUCUGGUGCCGUAAGUCCGGCAACAUCAUACGCUGCCUGCGCGGAGACGAGUCCAUCGUGAACUGCGUGCAGCUGCACCCGAGCAUGUUCCUGCUGGCCACCAGCGGGAUCGAGGCGGUCGUCCGGCUUUGGAGUCCAAGACCUGAGGACGGGCUGGGCGAGGCGCGCGUGGUGCCGGAGGCGAGCGCGGCCGCCGCCGCCAACCAGCAGCGCAUGCGCAGCGACCCCUUCGAGGCCAUGCUACUCAACAUCAGCUUCGCCGGCGGCGCCGAGCGCGACCUGCACUCGCCCGCCUGCCGCGCCACGUAAGGUGGAGCCGUCGAACUUAGAUUGAUUUAAGCGAUCGUCAAGAAGUCAUUUUGUAAAUAUAAUUAUUAUACAA